AUGGCCUCGCUGCCCGUACCAUCAGGCUUGACGCCCCCGCUGACAGCAAAUAACGAGACAAAUCAUAACGGGGUGAUUACUAUCAUCACGUCUUUUGCGUUGUCUAUGGUUUUAGGAUCUCUAGGGAUUCGAGUGUAUUCCGCAUAUAGUAGGAGAGUCCACCAGUUAGAUGAUUUGACUUUUGCGGCAACUGUGAUACUUGUUUUAGCGCAGAUUUCUGCUGUCUUUGUCCAGGUUCAUUUUGGCUGGGGCAAGACAAAAUCACUCAUUAAAAGCGGAGACCAAGAGAGACUGGAGAAGGCUGGAUAUAGUGCAGAUCUACUAUAUGCUGCUAUCUUAUCUUCGUCAAAAGCCUCAACGGCCCUUUUCUAUCGAACCAUCACCCUGCGAAGCUCUCUGUGGAUGAGCUAUGCUCUCAUUGCAACGAUCAUUCUAUGUACUCCAAUACCAAUUCUUCUCGUGGCAGUUAGAUGUCAAACACAACCCUGGCAUGAUAUCAAUGGGAACUGCGAGGCUCUGGCAACUAUCACAGCAAUUGACAUCUUCUUCGAGAUAAUCAUGGUCCUCUAUCCGAUCCGAUCAAUCUUGAGACUCCAAACUAGGCCGAGCAAAAAGAUCACAGUGAUCUUGGUGCUUAGCUGUCGAGUACUGCUGAUCCCUGUUGCCGCCGUUCACCUUUACUACAUCGGAAAGCAAAUGAUGUCCUCAGACCCAACGCUAGAGGGCUCCUACGCGACCGUGCUUGCCGAACUUCACGUUUCUCUCAGUGUCGUUGUCUUGACUGCGCCUCUCAUGAAGCCAUUUGUUGCCGCAUAUGUAGAUGAAAAUGGAUUGGCCUAUACCGACGAUAUAUCUACCUCGCGCACAAAGCCAAAGCUCACGCCUCGAUCUGACAGAUCAGAUGAGACUGGGAGCAGAUCGAGCCAGGGAGCACCCCUAGUGGGAAACCGGAUAAUGAAAAGCGUACAAAUAUCAGUCGAUCGCGAGGGCGUUGAGCUAUCGGAAAUUUCAUGA